UCGGCAAGCUCAGUCGUUACUUAGAAUUCCACUCGUGUACAAGUAUAGUUCUCGUUGUAUAAAAACAAACGUCUUUUUUUCGUUCCAAGUGUUUUUUCUCUGUUCGAUUGUGGGCAAAGAAGUAAACGAGUUCCGUUUUGUGCUCAUUUCCGUUCUCAAUAAUGGCGGAAGGCGGUUGGGAUGUGCCAAUCGAGGAUUCCGACUUCCUGGGCAUCAAUACAGUGGCACCAGAGGAACAGCCGAGAUUGCAUACUGAGCGAUUGGUAUCGAGCCGGCACGUUCGUGAAAGUGAGCGAAAGAUUAGCUUCCCAGAAAGAGGAUUCCGUCAUCAACAGCAACAACAACAACCUCCUGGAUUGCAACUAGUUAGAGCAGCUGCUGCGGUCGAUCCUUUUGGUGAAGUCGAGGAAGAUGACGAACGAGAAGAAGAAUGGAUGUUGGAUGUGGACCAAGAGGAAUUGGUUCAAGCUAGAAAUCCGCAUCCGGUUGCUCCAGUAGCCGGAUUUGCCGAUAGGCAUCAAUUAGACGACGGAACGGGUUUCCUGGAUCACCGAGCCCGUAAUGAGGUGGCACUUCUCGUUUCGGCAAGGACUAAUGGCGCCACUCCGAUGCUCAUGGCUUGCCGGAACGGCCACUUGGAUGUCGUCGAGUACCUGGUCGAACGUUGUGGCGCUGACAUUGAACAAGCCGGAUCGGUGACUUUUGAUGGGGAAACGAUCGAAGGAGCUCCGCCUUUAUGGGUGGCUGCGGCUGCCGGCCAUGUCCACAUUGUCCGCUUCCUGGUCCGAGGAGGAGCGUCAGUGAAUUGCACCACCAAGACCAACUCGACGCCGUUACGCGCAGCCUGUUUCGACGGCCACUUUGAGAUCGUGAAAUAUCUGGUUGAUCACGGAGCCGACAUGGAGGUGGCCAACCGUCACGGUCACACUUGCCUGAUGAUUGCCUGUUACAAGGGCCAUCUGAAGAUCGCCCGUUACCUGAUAGAAUUAGCCGCCGACGUUAACCGCAAGAGCGUCAAGGGUAACACGGCCCUGCAUGACUGCGCCGAAUCGGGCUCCUUGGAGAUCCUUCAACUCCUCCUGGCCAGCGGUGCCAAGAUGGUGGUCGACUCUUACGGCAUGACCCCUUUAUUGGCUGCGGCCGUCUCCGGCCACACGCACAUUGUCGAAUACAUUGUCCACAAUUUGGACACUGUCGGCCGGAAGGAGAAGAUUGACGCGCUGGAGCUGUUGGGAGCCACAUUUGUAGACCGCAAGCGCGACAUGCUCGGCGCCCUCGACUACUGGAAACAAGCCAUGCAAAUCAGAUACGAAACCGGCAUGUGUCCCUUGCCGAAACCGCAAGGUCAGUCGCCGAUCGCCGCCUUUGAGAACACACUAGAAGCAACCACUGUCGAACAACUCGAAGAGGCCGUCUCAGAUCCGGAUGGAAUGCGGAUGCAAGCGCUGCUGGUUCGCGAAAGGAUUUUGGGUGCUGCCCAUCCAGAGACUUCCUAUUACAUCCGAUAUCGUGGCGCCGUGUAUGCGGAUACGGGCAACUUCAACCGUUGCAUUCGGUUGUGGAUGUACGCCCUUGAAAUGCAACAGUCCAUGCUGGAGCCGCUCAGUCCCAUGACCAACAGCUCGCUCCUCUCCUUUGCUGAGCUCUUUAGUUUCAUGAUGGCCGAGCGUGACACGGAGACGCGCAACAACAAUAACGGGCCGGCGGUGCAGAGUAACCGACAACCCGAAGCGCAACAGCAGCAACCGGCAGCGGCGUUGGGUCUGAUGGCGCCACAACGGAGUCCGCCCAACAUUCCGCCUCUGUCAUUCUCUGACGUCAUGGCCGUCCUGAGCCGAGCAGUCCGUGAAAUCCGUGCUGGCACGUUGCAGCUUUCCAAAUUAGCGGCCGCCGAACGUGAUCUGACCUACUUCCACCGUACCCUCGGCAUCAUUGUCCACCUCAUCUUCCUUCUAGCCAAGAUCCAGCCGACACUCAACAGCCUGCAGGAUCACGCCCUGAGAAAGUCACUUUACGAUCUGGUCCGGCUCAAUGCCCGCAGCCGAAAUGGUUACACGCUGCUCCAUUUGGCCUGCACGAGAGACAGCACCACACUCAGUCGCUAUCCCAUCUGCAGUUUCCCUUCCACCGAAGUCAUCCGACUCUUGCUGGACGUGGGAGCCGAUCCAGAAUCGACCGACCAUGACGGCAAUACUGCGCUUCAUAUUUUAGCCCAAACUCAGCCGUGCCCGUCUUCUGCCGUUAGUCUAGUGCUCCAGCGAGGAGGCCACCUGGAUCAAGUCAAUUUACAAGGCCACUCCUUCGCUCAACUUCUGGAAAACGUCCAGCCAAUCCACGAAGUUGUCAACACGCUUCAAUUCACAACGCUCAAGUGUCUGUGCGCCCGAGUCAUCCGUCAACACCGGUUGCUUUUCAACGGGUUGGUCCCGCAGACGCUUCAACCCUUCGUUCUGAAACACUGAUCGGGAUCCUGGUUUUCCUGUUUAGAAUUUAACAAACAAAAAAGAAAGCUUUGGCAUCGUAAACGCGUUUUUCUUAUUUCCCUUUUCAUCUCGCUCAGUUAUUCAUCCUGAAAGUGUUUAUGUAACACAAGAACUAACAUAGGGCCUUCAUCUCUUACAUUCUGUUUUCCAGUUGGCUUCCGAUUUGAUCCUUCCUCCUCCAACUAUUCCUCCUGGUUUGAUAUUGUUGGUUUUUCUUGGAGGAGAGAAUUGUCGACACACUAGUGGCGCUUUACUGGCGACACCUAUACGCGAUGUAGAAGCAUAUUGAAAACUUUGGUUUAGUUGUUUCUGUUAUUUCUGUCUCUUUUUGCCGAUUUUUUCAACGUGUCCUUUCCAAUAAUUAUUUCGUUGUUUCGUUUCCUGUUUCUCGCGCGUGUCCUUGUGCGAAUUUUCAGUUUCAAAUGCUGUGUAUUCUUUUCAGCAUAAUAAGUGGUGGGAAGACGGGAAAAAAAAGAAACCAGAAGGUCGAUUCAAGAUUUUUUAAAGAAUCUUAUCGCACGCGGAUGAUUGUCUUUCGUAGUUUCUAGGGGCCGCACCAAAAAUAUCUUUUGGUUGCCUGAAGAAAACAAUAACGAAAUGUAAAAUGUGGCCGUUUUCGAUUGCUCUUCAAUCACUCGAAUUUGCCGAUUGUCGAAAAAUGAAAACAUUUUACAGAUCUUAACAAAGUGAAUACUUUUACAUGAUUGGCGGUUUGUUUGUUAAAGAGUGCCCCCCAAAAAAACUUCCUUGCGUCCCUAUUUUUUUCCCCCUUUUUGCUCCGAGUCACAAAAAAAAAAAUGAGGAUUUGGGAUGUGAUUUGUACAGUUGUCUGCUUCUGCUGCAGGUCCUUGUACCCUGUCGUUGUACAUUAGUUUUCAUAUCUAGCAAUACACUGCAUAUAACAUUGAAA